GACUAAACAAAAUGGAAGACGAAGUGGGUUUACGCGAACCACUUUUAUCGGAUGAAGAUGAGGGGAGAGAUGCAGAGCAAGAGAAGCUUCCUCUAUUUGGGAAAAGGCAUUUGUUGGCAAUUAUGGCAUUCCUUGGCUUCGUAAAUGUCUAUGCCCUUCGUGUUAACCUCAGUGUGGCAAUGGUUGCUAUGGUGAAGCUAAAUACUACUGGAGAGAGUAAUACCUCAGCAGCUGCAGAAUGCCCAAACCCUGAUGCUACAAACAACACUAAUGCAACUAUACAUGAUGGAGAGUUUGAUUGGAAUAGCAAUGAGCAAGGGUUGAUUCUGGGUUCUUUCUUCUAUGGUUACAUCCUAACACAAAUUCCAGGGGGAUGGCUGUCUGAGAGAUAUGGAGGGAAGAAGCUAUUUGGCUUUGGGGUCCUAUGUACGUCUGCUCUCACCCUCCUCACUCCAGUAGCAGCUCGUUGGAGUGUCCCUGUGUUAGUAGCUGUCAGAAUAAUUGAGGGGAUUGGAGAGGGUGUUACAUUCCCAGCCAUGCAUGCAAUAUGGGCAAAGUGGGCUCCUAGAUUAGAGCGCAGUAAACUUUGUGUUUUCUCAUAUGCAGGUUCUCAAUUUGGGACAGUGGUUUCUUUGCCUAUAUCAGGACUGUUAUGUAAAUAUGGCUUUGCUGGAGGCUGGCCUUCUGUCUUCUAUGUGUUUGGUGCGCUUGGUUGCCUGUGGUUUGUAGCUUGGAUGUUAAUUGUAUGUGACACACCGGCACAGCAUCCAAAUAUCACCAAGGCAGAGAGAAACCACAUAGAAGAAAACCUUCACGAUGAUAAGAUUAAAGAAGAUAUUAAACACCACCCCACCCCAUGGUUAGAAAUAUUCAAAUCUAUAAGAGUUUGGGCAAUUAUUGUGGCUCAUUUCUGCAACAAUUGGGGAUUCUAUACUCUACUAACAUGUCUCCCUACCUAUAUGAAAGAUGUACUCAAGUUUGAUAUAUCAGAGAAUGGAUUUCUGUCUGCCAUUCCCUACCUUGUAAUGUGGAUACUCAUCAAUGUAGGAGGUCAAAUAGCAGAUUACCUAAGAGCACACAUACUCUCCACUACUAGUGUGAGGAAAAUAUUCAAUACAUUAGGUCUUGUUAUACCUGCUGCACUAUUAGUCAUAAUGGGUUAUAUAGGGUGUGACCGCACACUUGCUGUGAUUGUGCUUACGCUGGCUGUGGGCAUUCAGGGAUUCACAAUGUCAGGAUAUAACGUUAAUCACUUAGAUAUUGCUCCCGACAAUGCAGGUACAUUGAUGGGCAUAACAAACAGUGCAGCUACUAUACCAGGGUUCCUGGGACCACAAGUUGUAGGGCUAUUAACAGCUACUGCUAAAAAUAGAAUACAAUGGCAGAAGGUGUUCUACAUUAGUGCAGCCAUCUACACAUUUGGUGCAAUAUUUUAUAUAAUAUUUGGCUCUGGUGUUGAACAACCAUGGGCCAAGAAAGGAUACAAGAUGGUGAAGAAGGUUGAUGAAACUAACCAGAUUCAACAGGAAGAUGGCAAGGCUGGGUAUGAGAGACUGCCAUCUAUAUCUGAGACCCCAGAACAAAGAUAUCAACACAGCUCAGACUAAAGACACAAAUUAUGGAAUUCGGUCAUGUUUUAAAAUGUGAUAUUUUUAGUUGGAUAUUAUUCUAAUUGAUAGAUCAGAAUUUAAUACAUAUGUACACAGGGAGAUAUGUUGAGUACUAAAAAAGUACUCCUGGCAUUUUAACGCUAACUGAGUACUCAUUUCAGUAAAUACUAGUAUUAAAUGAGCACUUAUGGCA